AUGUCGUGGAACGGCGGAUUCCCCGGCCAGAAUUACGGCCCCGGCCACCACGGCGGUGGCUACGGCCCUCCCCAGGGCGGCUACGGUCCUCCACAGGGCGGCUACGGCGGAUACGGCCCCCCGCCAGGCCCGCCGCCGCAGGGCUACGACCAGUACGGCUACCCUCAGCAGCAGUACCCGCCGCAGGGAUACCAGCAGCCGCCACCUCAGCAAUACCAGCAGGGUGGCUACCAGCAGGGUGGCUACCAGCAGGGCGGCUACGACAACCGUGGCGCGGCGCCGCCGCCGCAGCAGGCGCAGUCGUUUGGCCACGGGGCGCCGUCCGACUACACGUUCCAGUACUCCAACUGCACGGGCAAGCGCAAGGCGCUGCUGAUUGGCAUCAACUACAUUGGCACCGACAACGCGCUGCGCGGCUGCAUCAACGACGUGCACAACGUGUCCAACUUUUUGAUGCAGCGCCAAAACUACAAGCGCGAGGACAUGGUCAUCCUGACCGACGACCAGCAGGACCCCGUGCUGCGGCCGACGCGCGCCAACAUCCUGCGGGCCAUGGCGUGGCUCGUGCAGGGCGCGCAGCCCAACGACGCGCUGUUCCUCCACUAUUCGGGCCACGGCGGCCAGACCGAGGACCUCGACGGCGACGAGGACGACGGCUACGACGAGACCAUCUACCCUGUCGAUUUCAAGCAGGCCGGCAUGAUUGUCGACGACGAGAUCCACAACAUUGUCGUCAAGCCGCUGCAGCCCGGCGUGCGCCUGACGGCCAUUUUCGACUCGUGCCACUCCGGGUCCGCCAUGGACCUACCGUACAUUUAUUCCACCAAGGGCGUCCUAAAGGAGCCCAAUCUGGCCGAGGAGGCCGGCAAGGGCCUGCUGGGCGCCGUCAUGGCCUACGCCCAGGGCAACCUCGCGGGCGUGGCCACGAGCAUUUUUGACUUUGCGCGGACGGCCGUCAAGGGCGACGGCGCGUACAAGAAGACGGUCCAGACCAAGACGAGCCCGGCCGACGUGGUCAUGUGGUCCGGCAGCAAGGACGACCAGACGAGCGCCGACGCCACCAUUGCGUCGCAGGCGACCGGCGCCAUGUCGUGGGCCUUUAUCACGGCCAUCACCCAGAACCCGCAGCAGAGCUACCUGCAGCUGCUCAACAGCAUCCGCGACGUGCUGCAGAGCAAGUACACCCAGAAGCCGCAGCUGUCGUGCAGCCAUCCUCUCGUAUACCGCAAAGAGAUGACAAGGGGCGGAGGACCGGGCUGGCAGAUGCCACUUGCGGAGUAA